AUGGCUCAACCUUCUGUCAUUCUAGCAACUGCAAGUUAUGAUCACACAAUCAGAUUUUGGGAAGCCAAGAGCGGCCGCUGUUACCGCACUAUUCAAUAUCCAGACUCUCAAGUUAAUCGCCUUGAGAUAACCCUUGACAAGCGGUUCUUAGCUGCCGCUGGCAAUCCUCAUAUCCGCCUUUUUGACGUCAACUCAAAUAGCCCUCAACCGGUAAUUAGCUAUGAUUCACAUACUAGCAAUGUGAUGGCUGUGGGAUUCCAUUGUGAUGGUAACUGGAUGUACUCAGGUUCUGAAGAUGGUACUGUUAGAAUCUGGGAUUUACGGACUGGCACUUGCCAACGAGAAUAUGAAAGUCGUGCCGCUGUCAACACUGUAGUUCUACACCCAAAUCAGAAAGAGCUAAUAUCUGGUGAUCAGAAUGGAAACAUACGUGUGUGGGAUUUGGCCGCUAACUCAUGCAGCUGUGAGUUGGUACCGGAGGUUGAUACUGCUGUAAGAUCUCUGACAGUCAUGUGGGAUGGGAGUAUGGUGGUUGCUGCAAAUAACCGUGGGACAUGUUACGUUUGGCGCCUGCUUAAGGGUACUCAGACAAUUACCUGCUUUGAACCUCUGCACAAACUGCAAGCCCAUGAUGGCUACAUUCUGAAGUGCCUGCUUUCACCAGAAUUUUGCGAUCCUAACAGGUAUCUUGCCACAGCAUCAUCUGACCACACUGUAAAGAUUUGGAAUGUUGAUGGCUUCAAGUUGGAAAGAACUUUAGUCGGCCAUCAGCGCUGGGUUUGGGACUGUGUAUUCUCGGUCGAUGGUGCUUAUCUGAUAACAGCUUCUUCAGACACCACAGCGAGGCUAUGGACGAUGUCAACCGGAGAGGCCAUCAGGGUGUACCAGGGUCAUCACAAGGCCACCGUGUGCUGCGCUCUCCAUGAUGGGGCAGAAUCAGCGCCCUCAUAA